GAUCCGCUUCCCUGCUCCUUUAAGCGUCCACAGGCGGCGGAGCGGCCACAAUCACAGCUCCGGGCACUGGGGGAGCCCGAGCCUGCCGCGGGCGCCUUCCGUGCGGGUCCCAUCGCCGCUGCGCUCCGCACCCCUGAAGUUUUGCAGCGCCCAGAAGGAAAGCGAGCCAGGGAGGCGGGAGUGAGAGCGGGGAGGGAGCCAAAAUCACACGCUCAAACAUUUAUUUCAAGGCGAAAAGAAAAAGAGGGGGGGCGCAAAAAUGGCUGGGGCAAUUAUAGAGAACAUGAGCACCAGGAAGCUGUGCGUCGUCGGUGGGAUCCUGCUGGCAUUCCAGGUCGUCGCCUUCCUGGUGGGAGGCUUGAUCGCCCCAGGGCCCACGACGGCUGUGUCCUACAUGUCCGUGAAAUGUGUGGAUGUCCGUAAGAACCAUCACAAGACCAAGUGGUUAAUGCCUUGGGGACCUGAUCAGUGUGACAAGAUCCGGGACAUUGACGAGGCAAUUCCGAGGGAGAUCGAGGCCAACGACAUCGUGUUCUCCGUCCACAUCCCCCUGCCCUCCAUGGAGAUGAGCCCCUGGUUCCAGUUCAUGCUGUUCAUCCUGCAGCUGGACAUUGCGUUCAAGCUGGACAACCAGAUCAGAGAAAAUGCAGAAGUUUCCAUGGACGUCUCCCUGGCCUACCGUGAUGACAUGUUUGCUGAGUGGACUGAGAUGGCCCACGAGAGGGUGCCCCGGAAACUCAAGUGUACCUUCAACUCUCCCAAGACUCCCGAGCAUGAGGGCCGAUACUAUGACUGUGAUGUCCUUCCUUUCAUGGAAAUCGGGUCUGUGGCUCAUAAGUUUUACCUUUUAAACAUCCGGCUGCCCGUGAAUGAGAAGAAAAAAAUCAACGUGGGCAUUGGGGAAAUCAAGGACAUUCGGUUCGUGGGGAUCCACCAAAACGGAGGCUUCACCAAGGUGUGGUUUGCCAUGAAGACCUUCCUCACGCCCAGCAUCUUCAUCGUGAUGGUGUGGUACUGGAGGAGGAUCACCAGGAUGUCCCGGCCCCCUGUGCUCCUGGAAAAAGUCAUCUUUGCCCUUGGCAUUUCCAUGACCUUUAUCAAUAUCCCGGUGGAGUGGUUUUCCAUCGGGUUUGAGUGGACCUGGACGCUGCUGUUUGCUGACAUCCGACAGGGCAUCUUCUACGCCAUGCUUCUGUCCUUCUGGAUCAUCUUCUGCGGAGAGCACAUGAUGGACCAGCACGAGCGGAACCACAUUGCAGGGUAUUGGAAGCAAGUCGGGCCGAUAGCCGUCGGCUCUUUCUGCCUCUUUGUAUUCGACAUGUGUGAGAGAGGGGUGCAGCUCACUAAUCCAUUCUACAGCAUCUGGACUACAGAUGUGGGGACAGAGCUGGCUAUGGCCUUCAUCAUCGUGGCGGGGAUCUGCCUCUGCCUCUACUUCCUGUUCCUGUGCUUCAUGGUGUUCCAGGUGUUCCGGAACAUCAGCGGGAAGCAGUCCAGCCUGCCCGCCAUGAGCAAGGUGCGGCGGCUGCACUACGAGGGCCUGAUUUUCAGGUUCAAGUUCCUCAUGCUCAUCACCUUGGCCUGUGCUGCCAUGACCGUCAUCUUCUUCAUCGUUAGUCAGGUAACAGAAGGACAUUGGAAAUGGGGCGGCGUCACAGUCCAGGUGAACAGCGCCUUCUUCACAGGCAUCUACGGGAUGUGGAAUCUGUACGUCUUUGCACUGAUGUUCUUGUACGCACCGUCCCAUAAGAACUACGGGGAGGACCAGUCCAAUGCUUCUACCUUGACCCUGGGAGACAGUGUGUGAGCACCCUGACGGAUUCUGGAAACCUCAGGCAAAAAGCCAACACACACCAGAUAAUGUGCUCCAAAGUCUUCACUGUUUAAUCUCUAAAAUACACUGAGAACAUUUCAUCCUAGUCUACAAUAUGUCCUGACUUUAGUCCUGGAUUUGAGCCGCACUAUCGUACCAUGUUUACCCUCCCAGUCUGAGAAGCAGGCUCCUAAGAUCACAGGUGGAAGGAGGCUGUGUCCAGAGGGUGGAGGACGGAGUGGGCUUCACUUUCCUCCUGCCAAUCCCCUCCUGUUCCCAGAACCUCCUUGUCCUUUUCUGGGAUAAGCUGUCUUGUCCCAUCUCAUAAUCACAGAACCCUGAAACAUGAAUGCUUCAAGUAACCUGAGAGAAUGCAGCCAGUCUGUCAUUUUACAGAUGAGGAAACUGAGGCCUGCAGAGCUGAGGGGAAGAGCUUGCCUAGGGCUUCUCCAUGACAGCAGACAGAAGUGAUUAUCGCUGCCCAGGCCAGUGCUGGGAGCUUGUCCUCUUGGUGGGCUAAAAUCACUUGGCCUGACGGAUCCUCUCUGCGGCCCCACCCUUCCCCCUUCUCUCUCUGACACCUGCUCCCCUUGCUGUGUACUUGGUAUUCCUACUGUGUGGAGUCAGUGCUGUGUGCUUGGUGUUCCUACUGUGUGGAGUCAGUGCUGUGUGCUUGGUGUUCCUACUGUGUGGAGUCAGUGCUGUGUGCUUGGUGUUCCUACUGUGUUGAGUCGGUGCCUGUGCCCCUCGCUCCACCCUGCAGCAGAGACCAGGACGGCAGUCCCAUAAAACCAGAGCUGGCCUCACUUUUAGGAAGUGCUGGGCGAGUGUGGUGAACAAAAAGGUUGUGUGUCCUGCCUCCAUCUGGGCCCGAUGAAACCCAACUCAUCUUUUGGGCCCAGACAAAAUGCAGCCUCUUCCUGGAAACCUAUUCCUGACCUCCCCAUCAUUAGAAUCCUGCAAAUUCUGCUCAGUGGAACAUUGUUUCCCUGGGAUGUCAGAUAAGCUGGACAAUCCGCAGCUUGAUCAGCAUGCAUGUGGCCUUCACAGUAAGACUUCUUAACGCCUGUAGGACACUAACUUGUACUGUAAUCUUGUAAAGGGUUGGAGUAAACCAUUUCCCCAAAUCAUGAGAUCCUUUGGCCCGGGCGGUGUCUCUGUUGGAAGCAGAGUCCUGAGGAACAGGCCCGGGGAACGCGGCUCCGGGGUCUGCAUGUGCUCGUGGGAGGAGGCGGAAGAGGGUUUACUGACACCUUUGCUUUCUAGCUGGGACUAGUCCUUCAGGACGCUUAAGAAAGAAACCAGAGUUCUAGACUAGCUGUGAUGUCCCACAGAGGGCCGGUGAUGGGGGAGUUGUUAAGAUGUAUGACAGGUGGACACAGAAGAAGUGGGGGGAGCCUUGAGCCGAGGAUCAGGGAGAGCUGAGUGGUCUCUGCUGCCAUCUCUCUGGGUGUUACACUCACCACUUCAUCCAUGCAAGGGCGUCCUGGACGUGAGGGUCUCUUCUCCUUGACGUUUUCAGUGCAAAGACUUCUUUUCGUCCCUCUCUGGCCUUCGGUCUGAGCUAAGAAUAGUUUGGUUUCCCGGCCCCUUGCUCGACGCUUGGUUCAACUGGCUACCCUUCCAGAAGGCUCGUGCGUAAGGCCACCUCUGCUUCCUUUCUGCGCUAGCACUGGUGUUUUGCUGCCCGCGUAGAAACGUCACAAGCAGUGGGCUUCUCAACAACAGCAGCACGGGGUUCCCGGCUGGGGGAGAAGAUUCCUGAUUUCACUUCAUGGUCGUUCUGAUGGGCUCUCACGGAAACACAGGGCCUUGAGUCUGCCUUCCAGGGAAGUACCAUGUAAAG